GCCCGGCUCAGUGGCGUCGGGAGCUUCCACGGCACCUGUGAGGUCGCGGAAAUCCGGCUAGUCUCUAGCUUGGGCCAUCCCCGCCCGACCCGACCGCGCCCGGCUCCCGCCUUCGCUCGGCACCUAUCCGGCCCGCCAUGGGCCCUCUGUGCCGCAGCCUCUCCGCGCUCCUGCUGCUGCUGCAGGUUUCAUCAUGGCUCUGCCAGGAACCGAAUUCCUGCCAUCCCGGCUUUAGCGCUGAGAGCUACACGUUCACAGUGCCCCGGCGGCACCUGGAGAGAGGCCGCAUUCUGGGCAGAGUGGGUUUUGAAGGAUGCACGGGUCGACCAAGGACAGUCUACUUUUCUGAAGACUCCCGAUUCAAAGUAGGCACGGAUGGUGUGAUCACCGUCAAACGGCCUCUACAGCUUCAUAAUCCGGAGACGAGUUUUAUGGUCCACGCCUGGGACUCCUCCCACAGGAAGCUCUCCGCCAAAGUCACGCUGCGGGCAGUGGAGCACCACCGCCACCGCCGCCACCACCACCGUUCUUCUCAGGAGCCUCUCCCUGGAACCCACACAGAAGUGCUCACAUUCCCCAGCUCCCACCAUGGUCUCAGAAGACAGAAGAGAGACUGGGUCAUCCCUCCCAUCAGCUGCCCAGAAAACGAAAAAGGUCCAUUUCCUAAAGACCUGGUUCAGAUCAAAUCCAACAGGGACAAAGAGACCAAGGUUUUCUACAGUAUCACUGGCCAAGGAGCUGACACUCCCCCUGUUGGUGUGUUUACUAUUGAAAGAGAAACAGGAUGGCUGAAGGUGACGGAACCUCUGGACAGAGAAAAAAUUGCCAAGUAUAUCCUCUAUUCUCACGCCGUGUCUUCAAACGGGAAUGCAGUGGAGGACCCCAUGGAGAUUGUGAUCACAGUGACAGAUCAGAAUGACAACAAGCCCGAGUUCAUCCAGCCAGUCUUCCAGGGGUCUGUCAUGGAGGGGGCUCUUCCAGGAACCUCCGUAAUGCAGGUCUCAGCCACGGAUGCAGACGACGAUGUGAACACUUACAAUGCUGCCAUCGCUUAUACCAUCCUCUCCCAAGAACCCGAGUCGCCUCACCGCAAUAUGUUCACCAUCAACCGGGAAACGGGGGUCAUCAGCGUGGUCACUCCCGGGCUGGACCGAGAGAGUUUUCCCGAGUAUACCCUGGUGGUUCAAGCUGCUGAUCUUCAAGGUGAUGGCUUGAGUACCACAGCAACAGCCAUGAUCACGGUCACUGACACCAACGAUAACCCUCCCAUCUUCCAUCCAACCACAUAUGAGGGUCAGGUGCCUGAGAAUGAAGCUAAUGCCGUCAUCACUACACUCAAAGUCACUGAUGCUGAUGCCCCCAAAACCCCAGCGUGGGAGGCGGUGUACACCAUAUUAAACGAUAAUGAGCAACAGUUUGUUGUCAUCACAGACCCAGUGACCAAUGAUGGCAUUCUGAAGACAGCUAAGGGUUUGGAUUUUGAGGCCAAGCAGCAGUACAUUCUACAUGUGGCAGUGACAAACGUGGCCACCUUUGACGUGACUCUCCCAACCUCCACAGCCACCGUCACUGUGGAUGUGUUGGAUGUGAACGAGGCCCCCAUCUUUGUGCCUCCUGAAAAGAGAGUGGAUGUGCCCGAAGACUUUGGUGUGGGCCUGGAAAUCACAUCCUACACGGCCCGGGAGCCAGACACAUUCAUGGAACAGAGGAUUACGUAUCGCAUUUGGAGGGACACUGCCAACUGGCUGGAGAUUAAUCCAGACACUGGUGCUAUUUCCACUCGGGCUGAACUGGACAGAGAGAACACUGAGCAUGUGAAGAAUAGCACGUAUACGGCCCUCAUCAUUGCCACAGACAAUGGUUCUCCAAUUGCCACUGGAACAGGAACCCUUCUCUUGAUUCUCUCUGACGUAAAUGACAAUGCUCCCAUACCAGAACCUCGAAAUGUGCAGUUCUGCCAGAAGAAUCCACAACCUCAUGUCAUCAACAUCGUAGAUCCAGAUCUUCCCCCCAACACUUCACCUUUCACAGCAGAACUAACUCAUGGCGCAAGUGUGAAUUGGACCAUUGAGUACAAUGAUCCAGCCCAAGAGUCCAUCAUUUUGAAGCCAAAGAAACCCUUAGAGGUGGGCGACUACAAAAUCAAUCUCAAGCUCAUGGAUAAUCAGAACAAAGACCAGGUGACCACCUUGGACGUCCAUGUGUGUGACUGUGAGGGAGCUGUCAACAACUGCAUAAGGGUGAAGUUCGCAGAAGCGACACUGGAAGUUCCUGCCAUUCUAGGGAUUCUUGGCGGGAUCCUUGCUUUCCUAAUUCUGCUUCUGCUGCUUCUGCUGUUUGUUCGGAGGAGAGGGGUGGUCAAAGAGCCCUUACUGCCACCAGAAGAUGACACCAGGGACAAUGUUUAUUACUAUGAUGAAGAAGGAGGCGGAGAAGAAGACCAGGACUUUGACUUGAGCCAGUUGCACAGAGGCCUGGAUGCCCGGCCGGAAGUGACUCGUAAUGAUGUAGCACCAACCCUCCUGAGUGUACCCCAGUAUCGUCCCCGCCCUGCCAAUCCUGAUGAAAUUGGAAAUUUUAUCGAUGAAAACCUGAAGGCGGCUGAUAGUGACCCCACAGCGCCCCCUUAUGACUCUCUGCUCGUGUUUGACUAUGAAGGAAGCGGUUCUGAAGCUGCUAGUCUCAGCUCGCUGAAUUCCUCGGAGUCGGACCAGGACCAGGACUAUGACUACCUGAACGAAUGGGGCAAUCGCUUCAAGAAACUGGCGGACAUGUACGGGGGUGGCGAGGACGACUAGGGCACUCGAGAGUGGGGUCCUUGGGCCCGAGUGAUGGGAAAUGCGGAGCGAUGUUGCUGGGGGUUUUCAGCCGCCUUCCCUUGACCUGAGUUCCUGGGGGAGAGACUGAUGGGCGAUGCAGUACAGAUAGUUGUUUCCACUUUGUAGCGCUAAUCUGUGUAUGUUAGAAAGGUUUUGACUUAGUGCUUGAAUCUUGGUUUUUUCUUUUGUCAGUCUUCACAGAGUGAUGAUGUCACAAAGCUCCCCGAAUUUUUAGUAUUUCAAAAGAACAAACUUUAGUUUCAGAAGGUUCUCCUAGCCACGUGUAGAUUUCCCUAAGGGACGUGGUCUCAUGUCUAAAAGGAAGGGGAAGAGCAAUUGUCCUAGCUCUGUUUUGUGUGUAAAUAUAUAUAUAUAUAAAGAUUUUUUUUUAAUUGUGUGCUUUUUCCCCAUCAGUGCACUGGUGUGUCCUGUGUUCUAGUCUCCACCCUUAAUCCUGAAUUCUGUUGCUCUGCCCCACACAGGGGUUCUCCAUCUCCUGAGUACUGACUUGAAAUGGGCAUCUAUGCAUUUACUUGUUCUCAGUCCAGGUUUGCUAUGUGAAUGUCAUUACAGGGUACUUUGGUUCUGUAUGGGAACCUGGACUAGAAAGUGUGGUGAAUUUUCCGGUGCCACUUAAUGCUUAUUGUUUAUUUAUCACGGACACAAAAGAGCAGUAUGUUCUGGGAUGUAGAGUAGUGCCUACAGUGCUGCAGCCAAAGCCAGAGAGGAAGUUUGAAAGAUGGACUUGGAGAUGGUGGAGAGCUUGUCACUAAGCCUGGUCUUUUAGCAAACAUGCUGAGGACAGUUAAGGUGGUUUUGUCUCUAUCCCUGAAAAUUCUGGCAGAAUGGAGGGAUCUCAGCAUGUUUCCUACCUAGGAUCUUUAUACCAUGGUUCGUACCCAAAGCCCAGAAUCCCCAAGUGCCUGCUUUUAAUGGUGUCUACAGAAAACACUUGCUGAUCUGGACAUAGUUGCCUGAUUCCAACUGUGCACAGAAAAACUGUAGCUAUUAGAAAUUCCUUUUUUUUUUUCCCUCUUAGAAGCAAGAAGUAAAUACUGCCCUAAUUGGUGUUAAGGGGAGGAAAAUGACUAAUUUGAAUUUCUUUUUUUUUUUUAAUUCAAAAUGCAAAUUUCAACUUUUGACAAGUACUGAAGAGUUUUAUAAAAUUGUUUUACUGUCAACUGUUUUGGGAAGGAAAAAAAAUCAUGUCUGCAAUCAAUUGUUGGAAUUGUCUUGAUUUUUGUGUUUGAAACUAUCUGAUAUAGUUGUCAUAGAGAAUGUCACUGUAGUUUUGAGUGUAUGUGUGUGGGUGCUAAUAAUUUUGUAUUUUCUUUGGGAGUGGAAGAAGAAAACAAUUCAAGCUGAGAAAUUUAUUCUCAAGGAAGCAUUUUUAUAAAUUUUAUUAAAGAAUUUUGUUAAAUCAUU